AUGCUUUCUGAGGGCUACGAGGUAGUGCCUCCAGCGGAGGCGGCCCCGGGGGAGGAGCUCCUGCGUGUGCAGCUGGAGCCCCUGCCCGCCUGCGAGGAGCGGCGACGUUUGCACGUGCCAGAGGACGUCUGGUUGCGGCUGAUGCCAUUCCAGCGGGAGGGAGUCAUUUACGCACUGCAGCGGCAGGGCCGCAUCCUGUUGGCGGAUGAGAUGGGCCUCGGCAAGACAGUCCAGGCCAUCACUAUCGCGGCCUGCUACAGCGAGGACUGGCCCCUGCUGGUGGUCUGCCCCGCAUCCCUGCGCGCCAUGCCCAAGGGGCCAGAGCUGGUGCUGGUUCAGAGGGGGGCUGACCUCGCCAACUUGGAGGGCACUGGUGCCCCUGCCCGCGGCCGCAUCGUCAUCAUCGGGUACUCAUUGGUCGAGCAGCUGGGUGACCUGGCAGACCGCUACCGGACUGUGGUCUGCGACGAGAGCCACCAGCUGAAGAACAAGGACAGCGCCCGCACCAGGUUCAUGAGCAAGGUGGUGCGCAACGCAAGGCGGGCCGUCCUCAUCACCGGAACGCCCCUGCUCAGCCGCCCCAUAGAGGCCUGGCCGCAAGUCGACAUGCUGCGGCCGGGCCUGCUGGGGUCCUUCGACGACUUUGGGGAGCGCUUCUGCCGCAGCCCCGCAGACACGGCCAUCGUCGCGGGCGGCGGCGCCGGGCGCGGGCGCGGGCGCGGGAGGGGGUUCCGCGGCAACCCCUACAACGGGGCGAGCAACCUGGAGCAGCUGCGGCCGCUGCUGGAGGAGAACGUGAUGCUGCGGCGCACCAAGGACGGCAUCGAGGUGGAGAUCAGGGACCCCUCCCGCAGCAGCCAGAUCGCCGACAUGCGCGCCGCGAUGGCGGCGCUGCAGGCCGAGAUACGGGCGCGGGGCGGGGGCGACGCCGACAGGCUGGAGAUGCAGCGGCAGCAGCUUCUGCAGGAGCUGUUUCGCGUCACCGGCAAAGCCAAGGUGCGGCUGAGUCAGUGCUGA